GACCAAUCCAGUUUUACUGAUCUAGCAGGUUUUUUGGUCCGGUCCAUAUUUUGUAGACCCGUGCCUAUGCUUGGCUCUCUCUUUGAGUUUCACCACACUUGUUCACCUCACACGCGCAUAGUCUUUUGAAGGGUUUAAGACCGAAAUUGGGCGAUUUCAUCGGAGGAGGAAGCUCAGUGGUUCAUAUACCAGUGAAGUUGAGAGAGAUGGGCGAAGAGAAACAGCAAAUCAUGGCCGUUCAAAUCCCGGCACAGAGUCCUAUCGAGCAGUUCCAGGCCAAGUACAAGGAAUUCCAGGACGGAUUCAAGGGCUGGCUGGCCAAGCAAUCCUUGCCGGUUGAAGCCGCCGUCGUCACCGCCACCAGCUCCGCCCAAGGUGCUCUCCUCGGCGCUCUCCUCGGCACUUUCUCAUCUGACCUCUCUAAGUCUUUGCCCGCCCCUCCUCCCGGGGCCAAUUUCGAUCCCAACGUUUCCAAUGCUUUUCAACAAGCUCAGGCACUGUCAGGUGGCCCCUUGUUUCAAGCUCGGAACUUUGCAGUCAUGACCGGGGUGAAUGCUGGUAUUUCAUGCGUCAUGAAAAGAUUGAGAGGCAAGGAAGAUGUUCAGUCAAGCAUGGUGGCUGCAUUUGGCUCGGGAGUUAUGUUUUCAUUAGUAAGCGGUGUCAAUGGUGGCCAGAAUCCUGUAGCUGGUGCUUUACAAAAUGGUUUGUUCUUUGCAUUCGUUCAAGGUGCAAUUUUCAAGUUCGGGCAAAACUUUUCACAGAAACCUGUAGAAGAUAUUUACUAUGUCAAGACUAGAUCGAUGUUGUCUGGCCUUGGACUUCAGAAAUAUGAGAAAAAUUUCAAGAAGGGUUUGCUGACAGAUAUCACCCUGCCUUUACUCAAUGACAGUGCGCUUCGUGAUGUGAACAUUCCUCCCGGACCAAGGCUCCUUAUUCUUGAUCAAAUUAAGAGGGAUCCGAAUCUCAAAGAGGAAAACCGAUUCAUCUAGGGAUGGCGCACUUGCUUUAUGAAGAAUCUUCAGGUUGUAGUAUUAUUACCCCAUAUAAUAACGAGGAGCACAAGCGCUUUCGUAGUUUUUUCAUAUUUCAUUUCACCCCCACACACCUCCCACUCCCAAUGACUGGGUUUUGCUGUGCAAUGUUCUAUGAUUCUUGUAUACUCCGGGUAUUUGUUACUUCAUAUUUGAUGUUUUUUUCUCUUCCAAACUACUCUCUUCUAAAAUUAUUUCUCAUUUGAGAAUAUCAUGGUGAUUAAGAGUAGAAUGAAAAUUGUAUAAAUGCUCAUAACUGCU